CAGCGAUUGGAGGAAGUGGGUGAAGGUACCCAGCGCUGGCGUGUCGUGGGCGGGUGGAAGGCCUGUUUAUAAACCCAGAUCUUUCCUCGUGGGCGGGAACAGCAACAGUAGGGAGUGAAAGUGAAGCGAGAGAAGAAAGUGAGAGAGACGUAGAGGAGACAAGGCGGUGGUGGCGACGGCUGUGGUUGACCGGGGUCCGCGGAGGGGGCGAGGCGGCCGCCCCUGUAUGCGUCUUCAACCGCGCAUGGACGACCACCUCAGCCUCCUUCAAUCACCCCCGCCAAGCGCAACCAAAACCCGGGGCAACAACCUGGUGAACCACGGAUACACCGAGACAGAAGCCGACGUGAUGACGGUUGUGGCGUGUGACAACAUGUUAGAAGAGUCAGCGGCUCUACCGGGCCACCACUCUCUGGACCGAGAUGAACCGGAUCACGAAUGCUGCGAGAGGGUGGUCAUCAACAUCUCAGGGUUACGCUUUGAGACGCAGCUAAAGACUCUCUCGCAAUUUCCAGAGACGCUGCUGGACCCCAAGCAGAGGAUGAGGUACUUUGCUCCCCUCAGGAACGAAUACUUUUUUGAUCGGAACCGGCCCAGCUUUGAUGCCAUUCUGUAUUACUACCAAUCUGGCGGGCGCAUAAGAAGACCUGUUAAUGUGCCCAUUGACAUUUUUUCUGAGGAGAUACGCUUCUAUGAGCUGGGCGAGGAGGCUAUGGAGAAGUUCAGGGAGGAUGAAGGUUUCAUAAAGGAGGAGGAGCGACCGCUGCCUGAGAAUGAAUUUCAAAGACAGGUGUGGCUGCUUUUUGAAUACCCAGAGAGCUCCGGUCCCGCCCGGGGAAUCGCAAUAGUCUCUGUCUUGGUCAUUCUCAUCUCCAUUGUCAUUUUCUGCUUAGAGACAUUGCCGGAGUUCAGGGACGAGAACAGAGAUCCAAUCACCACUGCACCUGUGAUAAAUGGCACACUCCCGUAUCUCAUCAGCCCCUUCUCAGACCCGUUCUUUGUCGUGGAGACGUUGUGUAUAAUCUGGUUCUCCUUCGAGUUACUAGUGCGUUUUUUUGCGUGCCCCAGUAAGGCCACGUUCUCCAAAAAUAUUAUGAACAUUAUAGACAUUGUGGCCAUUGUUCCCUAUUUCAUCACCCUGGGCACAGAGCUGGCAGAAAGACAAGGAAACGGACAGCAGGCCAUGUCAUUAGCCAUUCUACGCGUAAUUAGGCUUGUUCGGGUGUUUCGUAUCUUCAAACUGUCGCGUCACUCUAAGGGACUUCAAAUUUUAGGACAGACUCUAAAGGCCAGUAUGCGUGAGCUGGGCUUGCUCAUCUUCUUCUUAUUCAUCGGUGUCAUCCUGUUCUCCAGUGCUGUCUACUUUGCUGAGGCAGACGACCCAGAUUCGGGUUUCAACAGCAUCCCGGACGCAUUUUGGUGGGCUGUUGUCACUAUGACUACAGUGGGCUAUGGAGACAUGCACCCCGUGACAAUUGGGGGAAAGAUUGUGGGGUCUUUGUGCGCAAUUGCUGGUGUGCUGACUAUUGCCCUGCCCGUACCUGUCAUCGUCUCCAAUUUUAACUACUUCUACCACAGAGAAACGGAGGGCGAGGAGCAGGCACAAUACCUGCACGUGGGCAGCUGCCAGCCUUUAGCAGACACAGAGGAGCUGAGGAAGACUCGCUCUUCUUCUUCACUCAGCAAGAGCGAGUACAUGGUAAUAGAAGAGCACGGGAUAAACAGCACGUUCAAACAGCAGCCCAACUUCCCCACUACCACCCCGAACAACUCGCAGAAUUGUGUGAAUAUAAGCAAAAAGAUUUUCACCGACGUGUAGCCAGUUUUUAGAGCCAUAACCCUGAACACAGGAAGUGGUAAUGCAUCAACACACAGCUGGUUCUGCCGUUGCGCACCAGCAUGUGGAACCAGCGGUAGAUGAGAAAAAAAAAAAAAACAGAAAAAGAAGCGAACGAACAAAGCCUGUCUGUUCAGAGAUGCUGCUUUGUGCUCCAUUCAAAGAAACGGGAUUGUUCAUUUCAGUGGUAUGAAUUCAUAAUUCUGUGUGGUUCCAUUCGCGCUUACAAGAAGAUAAAGAGCUCCUUAUAGAGUAUUAGGCCUAUUAUUUUUCUCUGGGUGAGAGGGGUUGACCUGUUGUGAGUCGUGCAAUAGUGAGUAUAUUUUCACAACAGGUAGACA